AUGAACAAUGAAAUAGAACAAGAGCGUUAUCCUUCCGGCUUAGAAUACAGAGAUGAGUGGAAUGUCAUGAAGACAAGAGAAAGACCAGCGAUACUACAGAAAGAGCUGAUGCCACUACAGCCAGCUGGGAUUGGCACCAGGCGGCGACAGGGCAUUGCUUGCCAAGCCUGCAAACAGACAACAGACGGCGGCCGUGCGGGCGCCUGUCGUCCAGCACCAACUCCCAGGGUGUGUCUACGUCUACGUGCCCCGCUAAUGUGUAGACUAGUCGCCCAUGCGUGGACACCUGGUUCUGGCAGGACGUCGGUUCUGAAGGAGGUCAGUUCUGACGGUCCUCCAUAG